UUAAACUGUCAGGACUGCACUUCACUCUGCCAUGGCGAGCCGAAAAACCUCACAACGAAGCCAGCCAGAUGGGGACAAAUACUCCGUGUUACUGCCCACGUACAACGAGCGGGAGAACCUGCCUCUAAUCGUGUGGCUUUUGGUGAAGUAUUUCGGCGAAAGCGGGUAUAAGUACGAGAUCAUUGUCAUUGACGACGGAAGCCCAGAUGGGACGUUGGAGGUGGCAGAGCAGCUGCAGCAAAUCUACGGAGAGGACAAGAUCCUUCUUCGACCAAGAGCAAAGAAGUUAGGUCUAGGCACUGCCUACAUUCACGGCAUUAAGCACGCCACAGGAAACUUCAUCAUCAUAAUGGAUGCCGACCUUUCUCAUCAUCCCAAAUUUAUCCCUGAAUUUAUCGAAAAGCAGAAAGAAGGUAACUAUGACCUGGUGUCAGGAACUCGCUACAGAGGGAACGGGGGCGUGUACGGCUGGGACCUGCGCAGGAAAAUCAUCAGUCGUGGAGCCAACUUUGUAACUCAAGUGUUGUUGAGACCAGGAGCUUCAGAUCUCACUGGCAGCUUCAGGCUGUAUAAGAAAGAGGUGUUAGAGAGUCUGGUUGAGCAGUGUGUGUCCAAAGGCUACGUCUUUCAGAUGGAGAUGAUCGUCCGAGCCAGACAGCUCAACUUCACCAUCGGAGAGGUACCCAUUUCCUUUGUGGAUCGAGUUUACGGAGAAUCCAAACUUGGCGGGAACGAGAUCGUAUCAUUCCUGAAAGGACUGCUCACACUCUUUGCAACAACAUGAUCCAUGAUGAAUUCUCCUCAGACAUCCCACAGUCAUGUUCCUUUCACUCUUAAAAUACAGUAGAAUUAAAAACAAGGAAGAGGCUGCAGUUGUUUACAAGCAGUGAGCAAUACGAAGGCGAAUGAAUGAGUCUCCUUUUGUUAUGAUGAAAUGUAAAAUAUUUUCAUUGUCCAGCAUUAGAUAUCAGAGGCAAACUGAGGGAAUGUAGCAACUGAAAUGUUCCCGUCACCUGUUUAUGAAAUUUGGAAAGAGCCCAUGGUGUCUUGUCAUUCCAAAUACAGACUGAAGUCAGCAUGAACAUGAUUGUCAAAGGAGUCUCCGUGAACACUUUACUGGUAGACCUGUGAUUGUUUGUAUAAAAUUAAAUAGUUUAUGGUUUGAUAACAUA